UGUUGCUCUAUCAAGAGGAGACACGCACAGAGGUAUUGUUUGCUUUGCUUUUUUUUAGUUCUGGGCUGGCCUUCCUCUUGAUCUCAACAAAGCAAUAGCGACCAUGAAGUCCUAUCAGAAGCUGACAACAGACGUGUCUCAGAUCACCGAGGCGGGGGAGGAUGGUGCUGAUGGAAAACCAUUGUGCCAUCAGAAGUUGUCGGCUUGGUGGCUAGGUGGGGGCCUCUUGAUGGUAGCCACCCUCCUAAGUGGGGUGACCGUUUGGGUUCUCGGGCAGAUUUGGUGGGAUCAGCAUGGGGUUCCCCUCUGGUCAAAAUGUACCUCUGUGCCAGAGAACCAUCGCUUUGACUGUUACCCGGAGAGAAGUGUAAUUGUGACGCGAGAACUUUGUGAGAGUCGGGGGUGCUGUUUUGUUGAUGGCAAGAGGCCCCUCGAUAGAAUAAACGGAGUUCCAUGGUGCUUUUAUCCCCCUGAUUUUGCCAGCUACACCUUGGGGAGCACGAAUGAGACUGACCUGGGGCUGGUGGGUUUUCUAACCAGAGAAAGAAAGACUUAUUAUCCAAAAGAUAUUGAGAAGCUGCAACUCAGUGUGGAGUUUGAAACAGACUCUCGGUUGCACGUCAAGAUUGCUGAUGCCAUCAACCCUCGAUAUGAGGUGCCUCUUGAUGUUCCUCAAGCCACAAAGAGAGCAGAGAACCCUCUCUAUUCCGUUGAGUUCUGCAAGGAGCCUUUUGGCUUGAUAGUCAAGCGAAGAGUUUCAGGGACAGUUCUGUUGAACACCACAGUGGCUCCCCUGUUUUUUGCGGAUCAGUUUCUCCAGAUUUCCACUGUCCUCCCUUCUACGUUUCUUUACGGGUUGGGGGAACAUCAGAGCGACCUCCUACAUAAUCUGGAGUGGAACAUGCUGCCUCUAUGGGCCCAAGACGUCCCUCCUUCAGAGUCCUACAAUCUCUAUGGCGUUCAUCCGUUCUAUCUUCUGAUGGAAAAAGAUGGAGCUGCCCACGGGGUUUUCCUCCUGAACAGCAACUUGAUGGAGGUGGCCCUUCAGCCUGCUCCUGCCCUCACAUGGAGGACCACUGGGGGAAUUUUAGAUUUUUACAUCUUUUUAGGACCAGACCCCAACUUGGUGGUCCAGCAGUACCAGCAAGUGAUUGGGUUUCCAGCCAUGCCCCCCUUUUGGGGACUGGGUUUCCAUCUCUGCCGUUGGGGAUACGGGACAAGCAAUGAGACCUGGGAGAUAGUCAAAGCUAUGCGGAAUUUUCAGAUCCCUCAGGAUGCCCAGUGGAAUGACAUUGAUUAUAUGAAUGGCUCUCGGGACUUCACCGUGGACUCUGAGAAGUUUGCCAGCCUUCCCCAGAUGGUAGAAGAUCUUCAUAAGCACGGACAAUCCUACGUGCUGAUCGUGGACCCCGGAAUCAGCAGCACUCAGCCUCCUGGCUCUUACUGGCCUUAUGAUGAAGGUCUGAAGCGCGCCGUGUUCAUCAAUAAUACCGAAGGGAAACCCCUGAUUGGAAUGGUCUGGCCUGGCUUCUCUGCUUAUCCUGACUUUACCAACCCAACUACUCAUCAGUGGUGGCUAGAAAAUCUGAAGCAUCUUCAUACUCACGUUCCUUUCGAUGGCGUUUGGAUCGACAUGAAUGAACCAUCCAACUUUAUUGAUGGCUCAACAGAAAGUUGCCCCCAAGGGGACCUAGACAACCCACCUUACAUUCCAGGGAUCCUGGGAGGUUCUCUUUCUGCCAGGACUAUUUGCGCUUCGGCCAAGCAGAGUCUCUCCGUGCAUUACAAUCUCCACAACCUCUAUGGUCUGAUGCAAGCCAAGGCCACCUCAAGGGCUCUUGUUGAAAUCCGAGGGAAGAGACCCUUUGUUAUUUCACGUUCCACAUUCCCAAGCCAGGGCAGGUAUUCAGGACACUGGCUGGGGGACAACCAGAGCGAAUGGAAGGAUAUGUUUUGGUCCAUUCCAGGCCUGCUGAGCUUCAGUCUCUUUGGAGUCCCCUUGGUUGGGGCUGACAUCUGUGGCUUCUUCAGCUCCACCACAGAAGAGCUCUGUGUUCGCUGGACGCAGCUCGGGGCUUUCUAUCCCUUUUCACGCAAUCACAACACUCUACUUGAGAAGGCUCAAGAUCCCACGGCCUUUAGCCCAGCAGCCCGGACUGCCAUGAAGGCCGCCCUGGAACUCCGUUACACCCUGCUGCCCCUGCUGUAUUCUCUCUUCCAUUGGGCUCAUCUGCAAGGGGACACUGUCGCCCGCCCUCUGUUUUUUGAGUUCCCAAAGGAUGAGACCACCUACACAUUGGACAAGCAGUUUCUUUGGGGCCGAGUCCUGUUGGUGACGCCCGUACUGGAACCUGGUGUGGACUCAGUGAUUGGCUACUUCCCCAAAGGUGUUUGGUACGAUUACUACACGGGCUCUUCGGUGAACAGCAGCGGGGAAAGCUUGAAAAUGGCAGCCCCUCUGAAUCACAUCAACGUCCAUCUGAGAGAGGGCACCAUCCUGCCGACACAGAAACCCAGAGGCAGCACUUGGCUGACACGCCGGAACCCUCUGACCCUGAUCGCAGCCUUAUCCCAGACUUCCAACGCCUGGGGAGACCUUUAUUGGGAUGACGGCGACAGCCUGGACACCUUUGAAAAGGGCGACUAUUCCUACCUGGUGUUCAACGUCACCCAGAACACUUUCAUCUCCACCAUCCUGCAUUCCAGUACCGAAGUCACCCACCUCACGGUAGAUAAACUCAGUGUCUACGGAGUCCGGGAAGAGCCGAAAACGGUCACCGUCAGUGGCAAAAACUGGCCCUUCACUUAUUUGACCAAUCAGGUACUCCAUGUGAGCAACCUGCAGCUUCCCCUCAGCCAGGGCUUCUCUAUACGAUGGCUGUGAGGCCAGGAGAAUUUCCUCUGCACCGGUUGCAUGACGAACACCGCCAGGAGGAGGUGAAGCUGCUGCCUGUGGGGAACCUCGGCCUGGGAUCCGCAUGAACCUCCGUGGCGGUGCCUCCUCGCAUCUUCUUGGGAAAGGCCCUCCUGCCUUCUUCUCUGCAGCUUCUGCUCCAUGCUUUUGGGCACAGACCUCUCGUCGUCUUCCGUGUUUUGCUCCGCCGCAUGUUGCCAAACAUCCCCCACUCCGCAAGUGGCGCUUUGCAGUUGUGCUGGAAAAGGGGAACGUUGAAUCAAAGUCACUGGAAAUGAGUUCCUGAUGAGUUGUUGGCAUUUUGGCCAGCCGCCUGGGAUUUACUGAGACUCCCUCCACUGUUGUGUGAACCUGGGCUGUGGGCACGCCGAGCAUCCUCAAUUCAGCCUCCGGAUUUCGCAGUUUAGUAUCCUUGGUUAUUAAGGCUAAUGGGGGAGGAAUUUCUCCAUCAAAGUCUGGAAGCGUAUCUGCCAGAUUGUUCUGAAUAAGAAGCGUCAGUGAUCUCUCCCAGUUCUAGCCCAGAGGGGGUGGUUGACUGUAUGAGCAGUCUUUUACAGAAAAUGUAGAACCUCUGAGCAGAAGAUUAAAUUCUGAUAGAGUCCAUUUCUGGUCCAGAGGCCCUGCUCUCUGCCAGUGAGGGAAACCAAGGUUUGUAGAUAGAGAGAGGAUUCAGAAAUGUGUAUACAUGUGUUCCACUCUCUCAUACUGGCCUAAGUCUCCAUUUCGAUGCUGGAAACAUCCUGAAUUUGAGUUUUCCUAUCCUCUUACUUCAGUAUCAAAAGAUUUUGAUAGCAUCGUUGGUAAAAUCCACAAUGGCGAAGGGUGGUAUUUCACCCUGUAACAGGCCUGCUUCAGUCCCGUAAAUUAACUCUUCUGAAGCACCUUGCACCAAGAACUGCGCCUAAACCCCCAGCCCUUAUUAUUAGCCAUCCUUGAAUAUCUCUACAGUUAGAUGGCCAGGUCAUGGAUGCCUUGGUUGCUUAACCAAGUUUGCAACCUUACCAAGGGUAAUUUGUCAAUAUUCUGUUGGAGGAACCUUUUGCUUUUAAAUCUUGAGAUUUAGAAGGGUUUGCUGCAGAAUCCUUGCCAAUGGGGCUGGUUUAAAUCUUCUGCCAGGCUAAUGUGAGAGCUUGGAGCAUAUUUCUCAGCAUUGCCCCUUGAAUUAAGUGGGGCACUUCACCCUGCCCUGUACUCACACUCAGAAUGAAUGUCUAUACUGUGCUAAAAUGCACAGAUUUCUACUUCGGAAAAUGCAAUUUGCACUAUUUUUCCACCCAUAGUUUUCCCAACUGCUGGGGUUUCCUGAAUUUUGUUUGCCCUCUAGAACAAAGCAGGGAGGUUUCCCCCUCGCCCGUCUUGUCCAAAAUAUCCAGUCGUGCCCAAGUGCCACAGCAACUUUGUAGUGCUACUGUCAGUAAAACCACGAUAGGAUUAGCUAAGCCUGUUUUGGGAGUGCCCGCUUUCUGUGAAGUCAGCCUUAGCAUGAGCAAAAGAUUUAUGGACCAUGGCUGUAAAGUUGUCCAGAUGUUCUCAUUUAGCUGUUUUGCGACAUUUUAUUUUUACCAGAAUGGCAGGUAGCAAGAAAAACCAACAAAUACAGCGUAUAGCAGUGCCGAUUAAAUACGACACCUUUAAGACAUGUGGACUUCAACUCCACAACGCUGGCUGGGGAGAUCCGGGAGUUGAUGUCCACGUGUCUUAAAGUUGUCCGGUUUCCCCUACACUGCUGUACAUCAACAUCUGCAUUGGGAAGACUGGGAAAAAGGAAAAGUGAGCUUUAUCCCUUUGGGGCAGUUGUUUUAUUUUUUGGAAUACAUAUAGAUUUUUAAACUCUGCUUGAUACUUUUCCCCGAGUUUCUGUACCAAGAAUGAAAUAAAAUACAAUGUGAUGUGUU